AUGGAGGGUUCGAGUUCUGUGAUUAACCGUGGGGCUUGGACUGCCUAUGAAGACAUGAUUUUGAGUGAAUAUAUCACAAUUCAUGGAGCUCAAGAAUGGAGAUCUCUACCCAUAAAAGCAGGUCUCAAGAGAUGUGGAAGGAGCUGUAGAAUGCGAUGGUUGAACUACCUGUGCCCAAAUAUUAAGCGUGGAAACAUUUCUGCCGAUGAAGACGAGCUCAUUAUUCGACUGCACAGACUCCUUGGCAAUAGGUGGUCUCUGAUCGCUGGACGACUUCCUGGUCGAACCGGUAAUGAAAUAAAGAACCACUGGAACACUCAUCUAAGAAAGAAGAGCCUUUCACACAAGCCACCUCUUCCAAAGUCCAACACAAAAUCAAAUCUUACUCCCGUCAAGGCAACGGCAGUCAGACUCUCAAAGAACUACGACAAAUAUUUCAAUUCAGAUCGUCAAGAUUUCAAUUCCACUAAAGAGUCUGGUUUACUGUAUUUCAAUCAAGAGAAUAUUUCUGCUCAACUUUCUAAGCACUGCACAGAAAACAAAUCUGAUGAAUCAGGGAGUUUACUGUAUUUCAAUCAAGUGCAACCUGCAGACUCUGAACUUUUCUCAUUUCCAUACUACACUCUAGAAGAUUUCAGAAUCGAAGAUAUCGUAACAAGGCCUGGAAAUGAGUUGGAAGGAUUGUAUUUGCUCGGUGAACAGGGUGAAUUUUUUGGAGGAAAUGCAUAG